UGUAAACAUAAACAAAAGCUAUUAAAUUUUAUCUUUUCAUGCAAAAAGACAUACUAAAGGUUGUAUUGAUAGGUGAUGGUGGUGUAGGCAAGACUAGUCUCCGGAAUCAGUACAUUCACAAGAGAUUUACAAAUGCUUAUAAAGCUACCAUUGGAGCUGAUUUCAUUACAAAGGAAGUAGAAACGGACGAUGGUAAAAAAGUCAUGAUGCAGAUUUGGGACACAGCAGGACAAGAGAGGUUUCAGUCCUUGGGAGUCGCUUAUUAUCGAGGAGCGGAUGCGUGUAUACUAGUUUACGACGUCAAUAAUUUCUUAUCCUUCCAACAUUUGGAACGCUGGAGAGAGGAUUUUUUAAAACAGUCGUCUUUGCCAAGCGAAGAGGCACGUCAUUUCCCUAUUUUGAUGAUUGGAAAUAAAAUCGACAUUGAUGAUAGAGUGGUUUCAAGGAGACAGGCAAGAGCUUGGGCUGAAGUGCAUUCAAGCGAUAAAAUGCAGAUUCCUCUUUUCGAGGCUAGUGCAAAGAAUGGUGAUAAUGUUGAGAAAGCUUUUGCUCAAAUCGCCAAGAUGGUGAAAGUCCCUCAAAUGGAACUGGAUAUGAAUGAAAGUAACUCAUUUUCAUUAACAAGUGACACUAGAUCUAACAAGCGAAGUCGCUGCUGUUAAACAAACACACACACACAAAAAAAAAAUUGUAAUUUUAUAUCAUAUAAUUCCUUCCCCCUUCCCCCAUAUAAAUACCAACAUACAUAUAAUCC